CUUUUAGUUUACGUUAUAUCUAAGAAGUUAACCAAACGCGGUUUUGUUAGUGUCGAGAGAUUUGGAAUUAGUUUUUAAAAAGGGGUCUAUAAUGCUGUACUUAGAAGAUUAUUUAGAAAUGAUUGAACAUUUGCCACAAGAAUUGCGGGACCGGUUCACCGAGAUGCGAGAAAUGGACCUCUCAGUACAGAAUUCAAUGGACAGUUUAGAGAAACGUGUCAAAGUGUUAUUCUCUGAUGCAAAAGCUAUGAAACAAAAUGAUAGAGAUGUGGAAUAUGAUAAAAUUCGAAAAGAUUAUUACAAGACUUUGGAGGAUGCAGAUGAGAAAGUGCAGCUAGCCAACCAAAUGCACGACUUGGUUGAACGAUACUUGCGCCGGCUUGAUCAAGAUUUGCACAAGUUCAAGAUGGAACUGGAGGCUGAUCAUAUGGGAAUCACAGAGGUCUUGGAAAAAAGGUCCCUGGAACUUGACCAGCCCCAGAAAAACAACAGUCAGAAAGAAAAUAUAUAUAGCUUCACCUCAGUACGCUGUUCACCCUAUGAAAAGAAGCGGGAGACCAGCUUACCAUUGCUAUGCAUGGAGAAGCGCAUUAUAGCAGAGAAGCAGCCAGUAGCUGCUUUACCUGAACCAAAAUCAGUCCCUGUCAUCUCGGUUCCAGUCUCACAGGCCACCGCUCUCCCAUCCAGUUCUUCAAACGUUGGCUACAAUCUAGGCCACAUUGGAGCAGGUGGGAACGCCAUUGCAGCAGCUGCCUCCCAGGCUAUAGCAGCCACACAGCAGAUGCAACAAGGUCGUAGAACUGCAAGUCUGAAAGCCUCAUAUGAAGCAAUCAAUACAGGAAUUCAUGCUCAUGAGUUCAGCAUAGGAAAAGAGCUGGCAGGUGCUGCCCAGACUGCAAUUGCAGCUAUACAGGAGACUACAAAGAAGCAAAAAAAAUAUGGGAAGUCAUUGGCAGUGGCAAAUGUUGGUGCCUCAGUCCAGGUGCUACAAGCCCAAACUCCUGUGGUCACAUCUACACAGAUGUCCCAAGAACCCACUCCUUUCAGUUACACUGGUGGAGUUGCUGUCUCCACUGCUGUCGCAGCAACUGCUCCUGCUACCUCGACAACAGCGGACUUGGCUGUGGACCUGAAUGCAGACAACCCUGAUUGGUCUUUCGACCCCAACGAGCCACGUUACUGCAUCUGCAAUCAAGUGUCGUAUGGCGACAUGGUGGCAUGUGACAACAAGGAUUGUCCAUUCGAGUGGUUCCACUAUAAUUGUGUGGGAGUAAUGGCACCACCAAAGGGCAGAUGGUACUGUCCUCAGUGCACUUCCUCCAUGAAGCGCCGUGGAUCAAGGAAAGCAAAUGCUGUGUAAUUGAAAUUUUUUUUUCAACGUGCCUGUGUCCAGUGUUAACGUUAAGACUCCUAUUGUCUCUUUAUUUUUUUUAUACCUAAUGGUUUCAUUGAUUGUAAUUUCCAAAUUACUUUCUACUUAAUGAUAUCUAGAUAGUCGCUUGACUUAUAGUUUUAUGUAAUGGUUUCUCAUGAUUUUUUAAAAAAUCAUUUUCCUGGAAAACUUAUUUAUGAUUAAAAUGUAUGUUUUUUCUUGAAAGUUAUGAAGAUUGUACAAGUGCUUUUAUAUAUAUAUAUAUAUAUAUAUAUAUAUAUAUAUAUAUAUAUAUAUAUUCUUUCUGGCAAACUUGUGCUGACUAUACGGUGUAAUUCAUUUCAAUUACUAUUCUUUGACGUAAAUGAAGGAUAAGUAAUUUGUUGAUAAAGCCCACCCUACACAAUGCCCAAUUUCUGCUAUACAUUCUGUUAUACCCAUGUGUAUAAAAGUGCGCAUAAAAGUUAGUUUAGCAGAAGAGAAGAAAUAAUUUGUUAUUCCAUACACACGAUACCUAAAACGCUAACAGAAAACCAGCCAAGGCAGUUGCCGACCAACGCAAGCAUAUUAGGGUAAGAUAAACAUGUUGCCGACCAUUUUACCAAAAACUGAAAGUAUAUAAAAAUUGCAGCCGUGUGUUUUAAAAAUUGUGUAACUUGAUAAAUGAUUUUUGAUACAUUAUCUUCUACACUUCACAUGCAAAAAAAUAUAUAUCAAAGUUGGUUUAUUAUUUUAAAAAAAUAAAGAGCAAUUUUAAAAUUAAUGAGAUUGGAUUUUCCUAAGUAAGUAAGUUUCAAAUUUAAGUAAUAUAAAAUUAAAAAGAUUUAAGGGAAUUUAAAUUUUCUUUAAUUAGUUUAUGAUAUAUUUAUAUUAUUACAUUUAUCAGACAGCUCAUUCAGCAAAUGAAUGGUGUUAAUUGUGCUCAUUUCAUUUUAAUAAUUCAGAAUUCUACCAGUUCACAUAUUUGUGUAUGUUAAUUGAUUACUAACUUUUUAAACUACUUUAAGAAAUUGUAUAAGAUAGUAGUAGUGCCAAUAAUUAAUUUAAAUCUGAAAUGAAAGAAAACCAUCUUGCAUUUUCAUUUAGGCUAACAAAUGUGGAGUUUCUAUGAAGCAUUAUUAAUGAAUAAACUAAUUUAUGGACAUUCAUUUCCUGAUGAAUACAGUACAACCCGGUUAUAACAUUCCCGUUUUUAACAUUUUCCCGCCUAUAACACCAUAAUUUCAUGGUCCCGUCAUUUCUCCAUUUAUCACAAUGCUUUAAUUUCCCGCCUAUAACAAUAUUAAAACUUCUACAUUCCCGCCUUUAACGUUCAAAUUUACUUUGAUAACUGCCACAAUUUGCGGUAUCCCUUCCUUCAAAGUCAUAAUUUAGAGCGAAACCAUAGCUAGAAAAUACAGCACGCAUAUACAAACAUCAGAUGUUUACAUUUGAGUAGUUCACCAUAGACAUGGUACACACGCACUCCACAACUUGCACCGGAUCGACUAUCAAUAUGGCGUCCUGUUCGCGCUUGUUAGCCUAUGACUUGUUCCUUUAUACUUAUGAUGCACAUUUUGUGCACUGAUACAUGGUCGGAAACAGUGCUACUAUACUCUAUGGUGCUGGUUUUUGUUUCAAAGGUUUAACACCUUGAGAUGGUUAACUGUUCUAUGGAUAUAUUCACGGCUUUUGUUUGUGGUUAACCUUUACCGUAAUUAUUAUUAUUUUUUUACUUAUUGUAGUCACGGUCGUAUUUAAUUAAAAUACGCCGUAUUGAAAUUUUAUUCAGGUUUUUGUACGGUUAUGAUGGCCGAUAAAUAUAAGCGAAAAUAUAUUCUGUAGCUGAAAAAAUUCAGUUUAUUAACCAAGUGGACAGGAACCCCAACAAAACGUGUGUUGUGAUUGCAAAAGAGUUGAAUAUUUCUGUUUCGACUCUGAACUGUAUUGUACAAAACAUUUUUUUUUCUUUAGCAUAUUAUUAGGUAUUAUCUAUAAAUAAAAUUAACCAAUUUUCCACUCUAUUGCUGUACUUAGUGUAAUACUCCUGUAUUUUGUGUUGUUUUACCUAUACUUUUUAAUUUAAUCAAUCCACGUGUAAUUUUUACAAAGUGAAGAUGAUUUCCUGCUUAUAACAUUUUCCUGCUUAUGACAUUUUUUUAUGUUGGUCCCUUGGAGAAUGUUAUAACAGGGUUGUACUGUAUUGGUAUUUUAAUUAGUGAAUAAAUUUUUGGUUUAAUUUACUUUUGUGAACAUAUAAUUUUAUUUUAAGAAAAAGUAAAAGAUUUAGGUGUAUGUAGUAUAAAAUAAUAAACAAUGGAAUGAGCUAUGUCUUUAAUAAUAUUAUAGCAAUCAUAUAAAUAAAAUGUUCUAAUGCAUAUAUGUUAAAAGCACAAUUCAUAUAAUCCAGUAAUGUGUUAUUUUAAAAAAAGUAAAACUUUUUCAAGUCUUGAGGUUUGAACCAUGUCAAAAAUUCUCCUUGGAUCUUUUCAACCGUGCGCUCUAGCACUAUGCUAUCGAAACUUUUGAGGCUUCAGAAGGAAAAUAUAUAUUUUUAUUAUUGUAAUGCCAUUUUUCUUAUUUAUUUUAAAACUUGUGAUUUUAAAACUUGUGAUUACUUAUUUUUAUGACUAUUUAAGUUUACUAAGUAUACUCCAGGGUAGUUAAGCUAUUAUAAAGUUUCAUUUGAGACAUUAUUUUUGGUGUGUCCACUAAUGUUUACGAAAGUAAAUAUAUAAGGGUUUAUGUUGCAACACGUGGGUCCGCCAUCUUGAUGACUUCGGCUCGUGGGUAUAGCAGUAAAAUAGAACACAUUUGAUUACGGUUUUGGCUAAGACUUCGGGUAUGAAAACAUUUUUACCCAGAGCCAGACCCCGUGAAAGGGUGCUGAAAUGUUAAAUACAUGGGAGCAGGCGUGCUAACAGAAAAUGGAUAGAAAACUGUUAAGGAAAUGGGUUUUGUGUGGUGCUGGCUUAGUUGUAUUUACUUGUAUAAAAACCACACUUAGCAAAAAAAAAAAAUGAAAGCUAAAAAAAUUUCUGGCAGCUGACUCACUUAAGAAGCUAGGAAGCUACCGUGACUGGGAGCCACGUGCAGUUUCCAUGAGAAAAUACAGCCUGAUAUCUGUGCUGGACAGAGAGUGGUUUUUUGCUGUGCUUUCAGCAUUCGUAAAUUCAAAAAGGAAAAGCAGCAGAGCCAGCAUGCAAUCUUCUCUAAGCACACAUAAGGUCUAAACAAUUUCAAAUUAUAAUAACAGCCAGCAAAUCUUUGCUUUUGCGGUGAGGAGAGUCUAAACUUAUAGUUAAUUUGGUGGACAUAACAUACGAGUAAGUCACAAAUUUUAUGAUAGUAAUGUUAUCGUUAAAUUAUAAGUUUAAAGCAGUGGUGCAAACAUUAUGCAAUAACCAAGGUAUGAUAGUAAUAUGGAUUAUUUUCUUGAAGUGUGCAAGUAUUGUGCUCCUGCUGCUGAUGUGUAGUGUAUUAUGUAUUUUGAUUGGUACAGUGAAUGUGUAUAUGUGUAAGUUUUUUUUGUCAUUCUGGAAUUUUGUCAAUUUAUGUUAAAUAAUUUCUUUAUGCAGAAAAAAUUAUUUGAAUCUAUCUGGGUUACAUUUUAAAUUUUAAUGUGAGUUGAAAAUGUUAGGAAAAAACUGUGUUUGGUAUUUUAAAAAUAUAAAUUUGUACUAUAUUUCUGCAAAAUAAAAAUUUAUGUUCAAAAUA